AUCAACUUCUCCAAUGUGUGUAUAUUUAGUUAAAAGCUACAAUGGCUGCUGACGAUGACGGGAAACAAUCUCUGAAUAUCCGAAACUUACCUAAAGAAGUUUUCAACAAAAUCCUCACUUAUUUACAGUUUCAGGAAGUCAGCGAAAUACGUCUGGUAUGCCACUCGUUUAACGUUGAAGCUCAGGCCAUCCUGAACCAAGGCUUUGCUCGUGUCCAUAAAUAUCAUGCGUUUGUACAACGUCAGAUCAAGGGCCAGCUGCCAAGAAGGGAGUCAGAACGGCGCAACCACCAAUUAGCUCGUCAUGUCGAUAUUCUCUCCGCUAUCGAAACACGGUUAUCUUUGCUUGGAAUGACAUACCUGAGAUACAUUGACAUGGGCCUUUGUUGCUUUAUACCAGGAAAGGUGUUGGACGAGCUUUACCAUAUACUGCAAACACUUCAGUGUACAUGCCAACCUCCUCGCGCACAUGAGUUCCUCCAGGAACUGCGAGAUAUAUCUUCCAUGGCCAUGGAGCAUUUUGAAGAGAAAAUUGUGCCUUCAUUGAAACAGAAGAUGCCAAGUGUUCGCCUCACUCUUGGCAACUUUAAUGUCAACUCAGAAUCAGAAGCUGGAACUUCCAGUGCUAUAGUACCACUGAAUAACACCCAGCCUAGUAUUCGAGCCAUUUCCCUAAGGGAAGAGAUCACUAACAUGCAUACACUGAUUCGUUCACACAGCAAUUCCAUGAAGGUUUUCAAACGAGAACUUAACGAAAUGCAGAGUAAGUACAGCAUGCAGCGCAAAAACUCCAGAGAGCUUGCAAAGAAAGUACUUGUUCAGAAGAAGCGCUGCAAAAUCCAGAACAAAUGUUUGUCCGACUUGAACACACGACUUCUCGAAGAAGAACGUAAGGUUGAUGAGCUGAGCAGCAAACUUUUAAGCCAGGGCAAAACGAUGGCGGAACUUAAUGAUAGGGUGAAUGACCAGGGGAGGAAAAUUGCUGAACUAAACCAGAAGCUUGUUUUGUAUGAGGACAAGUUUACUAGUAAAUUACCUUCUUAUGCUGACCUUGAUACCAAAAUCUGUGAAGGGCAUGAGGAGGCAGACUUUGACUCCCCUGAUUGCAAUAGUGUCAGCUCUGUGUCGGAGCACAUAGUGGAUCCGUCUUUAGACCACUUAGGUGAUAUAGCGAACCAGAAAGCCAGAAAGACUAUAAAACGAAGGCUUUCCGUGUCUGAAAAUCAAAGUGACCUACCAAUCACAAAACAUUACAAACAGUAGAACUAACUACUUGCCUGUCUGUCUGUCUCUCACAGACUUGGAAUGUUACUGAAGGAGAAAAAGCAAGAAGAGGGGAAAAAAAUGGAUAAAAAAUAUAUAUAUAUAUUACUAUUUUAAUUUGUUUUUAAAUGGACACAGCUCCUUCCAUCUUGUAAAUAUAUUUAAAUGCAUAUAUGUAUGUGUGUGUGUAUGAUGUGUAUAUAUAUAAAUAUAUAUAUAUAUAUAUAUAUAUAUAUAUAUAUAUAUAUAUAUAUAUACUUUAGCAACAUCUUAAGUGAAGAAUUUAGCAGCAAUUUCUCAGUCUUUUCUGUUUAUUUUAGCUCUUCAGGCCAUAAUAGAGGUGGGAGUAUAGGGUUGGCUGUUCAUGGAAACUCUUUAAUGUCAACAACCUGGUUUUCCAAGCUCGAUCAUUUGAAAAGGUUGAGGGAAAGUCCCAAACAUGGAAACAAAGCCUACAAUCUAGAGGUUUAGAAUUAAGCGUAGCAAAGACAAAAGUUUUCAUUAGCAAGAUACAAUACAAGCUUUUACUAUUAUCUCAGAAAUGCCAUGACUGUUAUGCAGAAAAGAAAUCAGUAGAAAUUCUAAACUGUGUACUCAGUAUAAACAAUGGGUGCAUAAGCAAUGCUGUGAUAUCACAGAUAGGUUGUCAGAAAAGCGACUUCAAUUAUAGCUGAUUCACAAGAGUGGUUACCAAUUAGAUUGGACUCACAUUUGCUCAGAAAGCUCAGUAGAAAUAGGUAAUAGCAUCUAUACCUCUAUUAUCUAACUAACAGCAGAGGUAGAUGUUGCAAAAGCAUAAUGGCCAGUAUAUGGUUGAGGUAGAAAGGGUUUGGGGAGUUAUUAUUUCUGUUGGUACCUAAGGGAUUCUGAUGAUUAAAGGGCGGAUUGUAUGAUUUUGUAUAUAAAACGUAAGACUGCAUGUUAAUGAAACAUAGGCAUUGAAUAUAAAUCCUAGAUAGGAAUGAGGUGAGCAAGCUUGGCCAAAUGUACAGGGUGUUCAUAAAUUACUUUUACAAUUUGAAGAAUUCAUAAAAAAUGAAAAAUAAGGAUAACUCAGCAGAAUUUACUAGAUAACUUAGGCAAAUAAAUAAAAUUUUAUUAGAAACAUCAGAACACUUCCACAUGGGCUCCAUUGGUUGCAUGCAACACAUUUUGAUAAUAAAUUGUGGGAAUUGUAAAGAUAAUUUAUGAACACCUUGUAUUCUGUUAGUGUGCAUGGAAAACAGCAGAUAGAUAAGCUGAAGGAAACAAUUUGUAUAAGAGGAAUCAGAUGUGUGCAAGAGAGAAGGUUUCUAGUAUAGACGCAUGAUGCUUUUGAAGGAUAACAGUCGGAUGAAGUGUUAAGUAAUCCAAGUAAAAGAUGUAUGCAAAAUAGGAAGAUUGAGAAAGAAGUGGAAUAAAAUGGUGAAUGCUGGAUCUCAUGAAAGAAAUGAGAAAGGACUGCAACAAGUAGCAAGAGACUGAACUGGGGAAGACCCAUCUGACUCCUGAAAGCAUGCAGAAACACAAAAUGAUGACAAUAUGUUGAUGUACUUGAAGCUUUAUGCACACACAUACUUUGUGACCCAUAUGUAUGUAAUUUUUUUUUUAUAUAAAACAUGCCUUAACACUG